UGAUAUCUGCCCGGUUACGAGAAGGGGAUGCAUGCAUGCGCAUAUCUGCCGAAUGGAGAAAUUAAUCACCCGGCAGGAAUCAAUCUUCUCUCUCGACGUUGCUUGCCACUUCUACUUUGUCAUCUCGGCCGAAUGGACCCGAAAUCAUCACUGCCCACGCCCGCUUGCGAAGUUGCAAGGUGAACGCAACGAAAGAACAGAGAUUGUUCGUCCCAGAGAAGAAUUAAUGUCCUCCUCGGGCAUCAACGCAUGAUACAUACCCCUGAACUAUCCACAAUCAAGCCCCGUAGUACGAUUUUCCUUCUUUUUUUUUUAAGGCAACCUGGUACGAUUUUCGAUCUUAUACAUUACCGCUAGAAUCAGAGUUCAUUUCAUUUCUCGUGGUGUGCUCAUACGAUUGGCAUCCGCCAACACCACCAUAUCUGCAUCGAUCAUCCGCGUGCAAACGGGAGAACUCGUAAGAAACACCACCGGCCAUACUUUAUCUCUUUCGAGCCACAAAGUGAUCGAAGUUAUGCGCGAAGGGUUCAACCUAGGCCACUCUCUCUCUUUUUUUUCCAUGGGCAUCUGGGCCAAACUUGUAAAGGUCGAAAAACUCUGUUGCGGCUCUCUCUCGAGUGUGAAGCCCACAAAGAACAAACCUGGAGGCAUGACCCACUCGCAGCUGGAGGGUAAGGAGGCUGUGAGAUUCAGGAGAUGUCACGUCACAGCCAAGGGGGAGGGGAUGGGCCGCAGCAGGCAUGCAGAUAUAUGGCCGGGGUCUAUAUAUAACAACAGAACAAUAUAUCCAGAUCGAAGAACAACAAGUAUUCUCCUCAUGGCGAAGAGCACGAGCGCUCUAUGCUUGGUGGCUCUCGCGGCCAUGGCUGCCAUCCUCUCCUCGUGUUGCCACGCGUAUAAAGAGUAUGAUGCGGCGGCGGCGGCUGCUGCUCCUUAUCACACCGCCGUGCCGGCGUCGUGCUACGCCAACGAAUACCCAAACUGCACCGACCGCCGGUGCCAGGCUUUCUGCGGCGGCGACGGCAGGCCGGAGCCUGGAGCCCACUGCGACGACCCAAAUUCCUGCUGCUGCCCUGUUUCUAAAAAGAAAAGCAGCUAUAGCUGAAACAGAAUGAGGGAGCUAGGGAGAUAAUUAAUUGGAGAUGUUAUAUGGUUUAGCUGUUGUCUCGUUUGGCAUAAAAAUUUAAUUAAUUAUGGUUUUUUCCUUGGA